UAAGGGCUCCAUUGACAUACUUCAAAUUGCGACAGUCCAACGCAAAAUCAUACAAGUGAAUGGUGCAUGUUUAUAGAACCAAAAAAUGGAUGAUGAUUCACAAUUCGUGGUCGAGGAGGUGAGCAAAAUCGUCAAGGACAUAAUAGAAGCCACCCUCAGUGGAGCCUGCUAUCAGCAGGACAAGGUGAACCAAUGGAGUGCAACGAUCUCGGAACAGAGCUUAGGAGCACUGAGCAAGCUGAAGAAAUCGUUCAAGUAUGUUGUAACCUGUUCCAUAAUGCAGAAAACAGGCGCCGGCCUGCACACAGCUAGUUCUUGCUACUGGGAUUGCGCAACUGAUGGGACUUGUACUGUUCGUUGGGAGAACAAAUCAAUGUAUUGUAUUGUCUCUGUUUUUGGACUAGCUAUCUAAAUUUUUACUCUCAUUCACCGUAUAUCGAUUACUUUUAUCGUUUUAACUCUGUAUGUGAAGAGCUUAUAUCUAUACGUGUAUUUUUAUAAAUUUUGAUCAAUUGAA